AUGGGGAAAGAGAAACAAUUAUGUUAUAAAAUUCUUUGUAGUUUGCCUUUCUCUAUGUAUAAGCAUAGGAUAAUUAAUUUAAUGUAUACUGCUUCAAUGGAUACUUCAAAAGAUUAUUCCGCUAUAGGAUUAAAUAAGCCAGCAACGUCUGAUGGAACAUCUUUACAAACUCCUGAGGUAAAUGGAACAGAACAAUCAUUAACAGAUAAAAAUAACUUUGAAAAUAGUAUCAUACAAAUGCCUUUGUCAGUAGGUUCACAAGAUAAUCAUCAAGAAAGCUUAAUUAAUAAUUGUAAUAGUGGACAAGAAAGUUUUGAAGCUGACUCAGGUAAAACAUCUUAUCAUAUGUCAUCUGUAUUAGAUGAUUGGUCUGGAACAAAUGUUAUUGCCAAAAUUUCACAAAAUCCAAUCAUUUAUCAAUGUGGUGUGAUUGACAAUAUUACAGAGGAUAAUGAUGUCGCUGUAAAGUUUGAUAACGGCAAAAUAAUAACCUAUGAUAAUGUAUUAAAACAAGGCUACGAGUUUACGGAUAUUGUACCCGAUUGUGUACCACCGCUUGAAAAUAUUAUAGUAAAUAAAAAAGUUUUAAUACGCCAAAAUAUGAAUGAAAAAAUUUUUAAAAUUGGAACUGUAAUAUCUGUUCAUUGUAAACCAUCAAUCAGUAUUAAUGUUAUAUGGAGGACAGAAGAAAAUGAGAUAAAAGAAACAAGUUUAUCUCGAGCUAAUGUAAGAGCAUUGAAACCUCCAUGGUAUAUGGAUAUUUUUUCACAUACAUCUUCUGCAAAUGAUAACUCUCUUAAAGUUGACAAUAUAUCAUCUGCUACUGAAAUUAAUAAUAAUGAGUCUUUAUUAUUGUCACUUCCACCUAUAUUUAAUUUUAGCAGUACUUCAUUAAAAGAUAUUGUAAAAGAAAAAGAUGAAGUGGCCUCAUCAUCCACAUCAUGUAAAAAUGUAACUUCACAACCAUUUGACAAGGAAAAACAUAAAACGGAUGGUUCUUUGCAACUUAAUAUUGUUUCCCCAACAACUUGUAAUGAUUAUAUGCAGAAAUAUAAAAAAGGGGAAGUAAUUACAACACCAGGAGGAAUUAGAAAAAAAUUUAAUGGUAAGCAAUGGAGAAGACUUUGCUCUAAAGAUGGAUGUAGCAAAGAAAGCCAAAGGAGAGGAUAUUGUUCUAGACAUUUAUCUAAAGGUAGACUUAAUUUACCACGAUUAGAACCUCAUCAACAAAUACCAAUUCCAAAUGAACAACAUUUAUUAGGAAUUCCACAACCUUUAGCAAGUGCACCUGGUGGUUUAUUUAAUUGGAAUACGGGACCAGGUAGAAAUAUUCCUGUAAAUUUACCAAGACUUAAUAUACCAACUCAAUUACCCCAUACACAGGGACUUCGAAUUGGAGGUGGUGGACCUUCUUCAGUUACACCUACCGGACAAAAGUCGCAAUUGGAUAAUUGGAUUUCAUCAAUUACCUCACCGUUAUUUGGAGAUUUAUUUUCUCAUAAUAAAAUUGAUUCAGGUUUAAAUAUCCUUAAAGAACUCCGAAAAACGUCGCUUCCAAAUUUAACAGGGAACAAUCACGAUAUUGGACAAGGACCUCAUAUUGAAUCCUUUAUUUACAAUCAUAAUAAUAAUAAUAAUAAUAAUAUUAGAACAUCAAGAGAAAAUAAUAUAAACACUGUUAACAAUAUUUUAGAAUCAUUUACCUCUGAUGGAUUACAAAUAAAUAAUCAUAGACAAAAACAAAUAACAGAUUCGCAAAUUGUUCCAAUGGAUUUGUCAACAUCAAAUCCAUUUAUUAAUCCUUUACAAUUAUUGCCAUUUUUAAAAAUUCCUUCAUUUAGUACAUCAAUUCAUCCAUUUUUUUCAUGUAUUAAAAAAGAAGGACAAAUUUCAGGGACAGAAAUAAAUAAUCCAAAUACACCAGACAAUAAAAGUAACGAUGAAAAAGAUAGUCCAUCGAAAAAUUUACAUGGAAGCAUUUGUAAUAAUUCAACAUCAUUCAAUUCAUCAACUGCUAAAAAAUGA